AUGGAAGAGGUUCCCUUGGGUCCUGCUCAGAGGAGUCACGCUGGGGAAAGCAAGUGGAGGCCUAGCCCGCGGUUCCCAGUCCCUAGCACCACCCAGCAGCUCCCGGCUGCCCCUCCCCUCCAGACCUGGCACUCGCCCCCUCAACCAAAAUGGCGCCGACGGCCUCAGUACGUCAAGCGACGUGCCCGCCGGCCUCCUCCCGCGCUUCUUUUAUCCCCGCAGCCGGAAGCCGAGCAGCAGAGCGGAAAGCCUGACUUUGGGGUCCGCGGUGGUUUAGGCAGCGCCAGGGCUGUUGUGUGGCUGCACGGUGGUGCUGCAGGGCGGGAUGCUGUACCCCCGGGAGAGCCCGUCAUGGAAGUGCAAGGAGCUGGACAGCCCCUGGAGCUUCCGCGCCGACUUCUCCGACGACCGGCGCCGGGGCUUCCAGGAGCGGUGGUAGCGGCCGCUGCUGCGUUUGGCCCCACCCUGGACAUGCAGGUUCUCUCCAGCUUCAAGAACAUCUGCCAGGACUCGCGGCUAUGGCAUUUUUGUCAGCUGGGUGUGGCACAAAUGGGAUGUGACCUUGCCAGAGUGGUGGACCCAGGACCUGCAGAGAAGAGUGGUGCUGAGGAUUGGCAGUGCCCACUCCUAUGCCAUUCUGCCACCAGGGAUCAUCUGCUACAUGACUGACACCUGCAAGUGGCUACCAUCCUGCCUCCACCACACGCCCCACCUCCCCACCCCACCCCAUAGUCUUCCUGCUAGGGACAGAUUUGCCUUCACAGAAUGGACGGG